AUGGCCUUGCACUGGCCGACGCUCGUGUUGGCAUAUAGCUUUGUCGUUCUGUCCGCUGUGACGCUCGACACGUCACACGCGACGUCUGCUGCGCGCUCGUCUUCCGAGUGCUGCGGCACGUGCAUUGGCAAAGCGUCGAACGCCGUGUACAACUACGACCCCGUGAUCUUUGACCAGUGCACGGGCGUCGACAAUGGCGUGUGCUGCUUCGAGUGCGGCAACUUGGGCGACCCCAUGUACGGCGACACAGUGUCGUACGCCACGGACGGCGUCACGGCAGUGGUCCCCGUGGGGAGCUACAUCUCGUUCACGUGGAGCGGCGUCGAGAACGUGACGUACGUGUCGCUCAAGACGGGGCAGAAGAAGACCGUGACGCCGACCGUGUCGGACGCGCAGGCGACCGUCAAGUCGGACACGUUCCUGAUCUGCGCCCGGUCGGCCGGCACGAUAUACUUUCGCGGGUGGGGCAGCGACACGUGUCGCGAGGCGUCGCCCGAGCACUCGAUCACAGUCGAAGCCAGUGGGGAGAAGGACAGCGGCGCCACGUGCGACGCGAAGGACGUUGUGUUUGACACGACCGAUGCGCCGAGUGCCGCCGCCGACGGCGCGUCCGGUUCGAGUUCCAUUGCGGCCGACUCGACGGUCGCCGAGUGCAACGCCCAGCGCGCGAGUGUGCAGGUCGUGGACGGCACGCGUACGUGCGUGUGCGUGUCGGACUGGACGAACCCGCCCGAGUGCGACCGCUGGCCGCUCUGGAAGUGGCUCGUGACCAUUGGUGGCGCUGUGGCGGCGCUCUUUUCGAUCAUCAUCUCAGUGCGGGCGAUGCUUGCCGGUCGUCAGAAGGACACGGACAACGAGAAGCAGUUUCGGGAGAGUAUGGCUCUCGUCACGCCGAAGAGUGCCGUGGCCACGCUACAGGUGAUGCCGGACACGGCCUACCACGGCAAUGGGAUCCCUCACUCCACGUAUGACCCGGAAGUCGAUCGCUCGUCGGGCGCUCCUCGGAAACCCGCAGCGAGUGAGUUUACGCUAUGA